AUGGAGGCGGUGAAGAUGGUCGGUUUGAAGCGACUGAUACGACGACGUUCCAGUCUCCGAGAUCAUGUUGUGGGAUCCGUAGCGGAGAAGGUCCAUUGUCAUCCUGUUCCCUCGCAGCAUUUGUCACGCCUAACCCCCAAACGCUUCCUCGAUCUUCAUCAGUUUGGAAAUAAGAAAGCAAUUGAGAAGGAGCGCGCUCGACUUGGAGAUGAAAUGAAAAGGGGAUACUUCGCUGAUAUGGCUGAGUUCAAACAACAUGGUGGUAAGAUUGCUGUAGCUAGUAAAGUGAUAAUACCGGCAAUGGAAGCUCUGAAGUUUCCUGAUUUUGAAGUCAGCUUCUCGGAUGGUAAAACAAUGAAGCUUCCUAUCCGUGUUUCUGAUUAUGCAGUUGAUUCUGAUAAAUCUUCUGUCCCCAAGGCAUCUUUGGUUUGCCUUUCAUUUCGAGCAAGCUCCCAGGAGAUGGUCAACUCUUGGAGUGUCCCUUUUGUCGAAGCAUUUAGAAAAUCAAAAGAUGUUCAUUUAUAUGAGGUAUCAUUUAUAGAUUCAUGGCUUUUAUGUCUGCCUCCAGUAAAACGUUUCCUUCUCUGGACAAUGAAGAAACCUAGUAAUCAUGAAAGCAGGGAUACACUUGAGAAGCAGAUGGUGUAUUCAUUCGGUGACCACUAUUAUUUUAGAAAGGAACUUCGGAUUUUAAAUCUCCUAACAGGGUAUAUCUUUCUACUUGAUAAUUUUGGUAGAGUAAGAUGGCAAGGCUUUGGAUUGGCUACAGAAGAUGAAGUAUCUUCUCUCCUUUCUUGCACGUCACUUCUUCUGGACGAGAAAUGA